GGAAAUGGAGCUGGAAUGUAUUUAGAUAAUUAUUUUCUGCCUCUCUUCUCCAACCCUCCUUCAGAAGAAUCUGCUGUAUCUGGGAUCUUGCUUCACUUCCUGCCAAGCUCUUGGGCACUGUUACUGCGUCGCGUCCUGCUAAACAGCUGUGGAAUUCAGUGUCGUGUCGUUCUGCCUGUGUCCGUUGAGGAGUAUCAAGUGGGGCAGCUGUACUCUGUGGCAGAAGCCAGCAAAAAUGAAACUGGUGGAGGUGAAGGAGUAGAAGUUCUUGUGAAUGAACCCUAUGAGAGAGAUGGAGAAUGUGGCCAGUACACACACAAGAUCUACCACUUGCAGAGCAAAGUACCAUCGUUUGUGAGAAUGUUGGCCCCCGAGGGAGCCCUCAAUAUCCACGAGAAGGCGUGGAAUGCGUACCCUUACUGCAGGACUGUUAUUACAAACGAGUACAUGAAAGAUGACUUCCUUAUCAAAAUUGAAACCUGGCACAAACCAGACCUUGGCACACAGGAGAAUGUUCACAAACUGGAGCCGGAUGUAUGGAAGAAUGUAGAAGCAAUUUAUAUAGACAUAGCAGAUCGGAGUCAAGUGCUUCCCAAGGAUUACAAACCAGAAGAAGAUCCAGCAAAAUUUAAAUCUGUUAAGACUGGACGUGGACCUCUAGGCACCAACUGGAAGAAGGAGCUGGGGAAGCAGACAGAAUGUCCCUAUAUGUGUGCUUACAAACUGGUAACAGUGAAAUUCAAGUGGUGGGGUCUGCAAAACAAAGUUGAGAACUUCAUACAGAAGCAAGAGAAGCGUCUUUUUACAAAUUUCCAUCGGCAGCUGUUCUGCUGGCUUGAUAAGUGGGUUGAUCUGACAAUGGAGGACAUUCGCAGAAUGGAAGAGGAAACCAAGACACAGCUGGAUGAGAUGAGAGAAAAGGAUCCUGUAAAAGGAAUGUCAGCUGCAGAUGACUAAUGUGGCUUCCUCCUUGUGCACU